AUUUAUCGGUAUGGCUAUUUCCCUUAAAUUGAUUUUAAUUAAAUCCGGUUAAAUUAUCUGGUGUUUUGUAGGUCCAAAUCAUCUACACGUCCUUUACUUAGCUGCACCAUUCAAAUGUACUUUCCGGCUCGCGGCAAACGCCGACAGUUGCCAUCCUUAAACAGGGACAUGCGCGCAAACAUAAGCUGGACUGAAAACGGAUAGUGAAGGAGCAUGGAAACCAGUGGUAUGAUAGUGUGUCUGUGUUUUUCUGGCGGUGUUGUGGCAAUCUUUAGGACACAAUGGACCCUCCGAACAGCAGAAACGCAAUCAACGAUCCCAACCAGUGCAGACUGUGCAUGCGAGUGUGUGACGACAACUUUCUCGAGUACAUCUUCACCGACAAGGAGUACAGCAUUGCACAUCAAAUAUUUGAAUGCACCUCGAUACGCGUUACCAAGCAGGACAAUCUGACCAAAAUAUGUAAAAACUGCGCCUCGCUCCUGUUCCUGACGACGGAGUUUCGCAACGCGUGCUUCAAAACCAAUCGCCUACUGAUGGAAGACUUCGUGAUACUGGAGCUCGGUGAUUGGGCGUCCGAUCGGAACCAGCUGCUUCUGCGGGAAUGCGAAAACUUUAUCGUACGGCACAAGCAGCAGGUGGACUAUCUGUACGCCAGCAUCGUCGUGCACAGUGAGCAGUAUCUGGACGGAUCCCUUGCAAUCGGUACGGAACUGUUCGGUGAGGAUGGACAACAAGCGGAGCGGCGAGACAGGAAGGGUGGGCCGGAAAAGACGAACUUGCAGCCGCCGAAACCGGACGGAUCGGAUGGUUUUGCCCGGUUACAGCAGUGCGAACCGGAUCCGGAAAUUUUGAUGGAAAUUACAAAGUUUCUCGAAGAGCAAACACCUACCCAGCAGGACGAUCUGCUCGAACAUACAAACACCCACGGGCAGUACGUUUCGACAAAGUUGCAAGCGACCGGUGAUCAAAGCGAACCCGAGCUGGCGGUCGUCAAAAAAUCUGCCAAACGCACCAAGGUCACGUGCCACAUUUGCGGCAAGCAGUACGACAAUUGGAAGCUGAAAACCCAUCUCAACGAACAUGAAAAUAUACGUCCGUAUGCUUGCGAUCAGGAAGGAUGCAGCAGCACCUUUACCGGGUUGGUUCUUUUAAAUCGACAUAAAAAAUUGUGGCACACCGACUACUUCUACGCGGUGUGUAAUGUUUGUGGCAAGAAGUGUAAAACGCAGGGUAUCUACAAAACGCACCUCACGUACCAUGAGGAACCGAAAAUACCGUGCACGGUGUGCGGUAAGCUGAUGCGUAACAAACGAGCAAUCUGGAAGCACAUGAAAACGCACAGUAACGACCGGAAGCACGUGUGCGGUGUGUGCAAUAAAAAGUUCACCAUUGCCUACACGCUCCGGGUGCAUAUGCGCAUACACACGAACGACAAACCGUAUCCUUGUGCGAAGUGUGAUAAACGGUUUCAGUAUAAGUGUUUGCUGAAGAACCACCACCAACGGUACCAUCGGGAGGAUGGCUCCAAACAGGCCUAGGACGUGAAACUUCCGGGACAAAGUCCUUCUCCCUAACAUCUAAUCGUACCCGUGCUAUUGUACACAAUCAAUUCCUCUACCAGCAUCCAUGGUUAUUAUUAUUUUACAAUCGCGUGAUACAGUAUCCUUAAUCGACGGGGUUUUAGAUCUUUACCACCGCCUUACCAGUAUUGCCACCGCGCAACAUAUCAAUAAAAGCAUCCGGCAUCUUGUCGAACCCUUC